CUUCAUGCUGAAAAUUUAUCGAAGAAGAUAGAGACGUUAACUUCUUGAUUCUAAAAAAUGGAUCAAUUCAGACAGCGGAUUCUGAUUCCAACUUGUGAUGAAUUUUCUAAUAAUUGACUAAGAUGCAGCCAAAAAUAGUAACUUAUUGAACAAUUUUCUAAAUUUAAAAAACAAUUCAAAUAAGAUCUCGUUGUUUUUCACUGUUAUCCUUAUCUGAAUUGAUUUAAGAUUAACCACCUUUACUACCUACGAUUGAUUAAACAGGAAACCACUUAUCCAACAACUUUUUCGGAUUGUGAUGUGGCCAUCUCUCAGAUAUUUUUUUAACCCAGGAAUAGUGGCACUUUUCGAAGCGCUCCAGCUAUGCCAAGGAAGAUGGGAGUAAGUGCGCUCCGCAUGCGCUCCUCCUGCACUUGGCCCACGUAUUUGGUCAGGGUGGCCAGAGGGCUGUAGAGCAUUUAACCUCGAUUCAUUUUUGGUUGAAAUAUGAGCCGGUAUUUAUUAUAAUUAACUGUUGAUUAAUCCGUUUAUUAAAGUGAGUUUAAUCAUGUCGCUGAUGCGAGUGAACCCACGAUCAUACGUGAGGCUGUCGACAAUAUUUCGAGAAGGAAAACGACUUCACUCUGUUGUGGCCAAAGAAGUUGAAUACUCUGAUCCACCACAGUAUCCACCAAUUUUGGAUCUUUCGUUGAAAGCCAAAGAAAAAAGAAGACACGAGUCUUGGCAUGAAGAAAUAAAAAAAUUGAAUACAGUAGAGGAAAAACUAAUGAAGAUAAAUAUGCCCCGUUACUAUGGAUGGAAAUCUCUCAUGUUAUUUGAACAUUUGAUACCGUACAACUCAGAAUCGCUCGCACAGUUUAUUACCAGAACUCAUCUGAUUCAAGAACCGGGACUUCCUAAAUACUAUGAUCGUGUUAUGGCUCCUGAGAAAAUAGAAGAAAUAGUACAACGAAUCAAAAAACAAAUAGAGGAGACGAUAUUAUUAGAAUACAAUUAUAGAAAAAGAGAGCAGGAAAUAGAAGCAGUAGAUGAAAAAAAAUCUGAGUUAUUGAACAAUGCACGAACAGAAGCACUUGUACGUCAAAUCAACAGAAUUUUGCUUGCCACCUUAGCCUCUGAUUUACCUCAUCUACUAGAGGCUCAAAUUGAUGAUGAACCCCGUGUGGAAGCCUUCUGGUUCGCAGGAGGGAUAGAACCCCCAAAAGCUGUGAGAAAAUUUAAAGAAUCAGUACCAUGGUUGAAAGAUUAUGCAAAUGAUCCUCUGAGUACUAAGAUUCAGUACAAAGGUGAACCAAUUCUACAACUCAGACAUGAUCUGCCUCUGAAAGAAAUUGUUAGCCUUAGUGAAUCAGAAAACCCAGUAUUCACAGUUCCUGAAUUUAGAUUCGAUCCCAGAGUUCUAGGUUACGAAUUUAAAUAUGUUCAUGGAACUAACAUACCUGGCUUCUGGCCUGGAGAUCCAAGUGAAUUUGGACUCAUGUCGUACCACAAUCGAAACCACCUUGACAAGAGGUCGGUCAAAUUCAAAGAUGAUGAAGAUGCCCUCAAUGUACAAGCUAUAUAUGCCUCGUACAGUUGGCUACUCUCUCAAGCCUGCUAUCAAGGGUUUUCCACAUUUACCGAUUUGACGUAUCCUUUAUUAACACAAACUGUCAUAACCAAUGGCCAAUCAUGGUCACUUUAUGCAUACCAAUUGAAUACGACGUUAGUGAAUUCCGAGCAUGCUGACACAAAUCCUCGUAAGAAUUUGUGCUGGACUUCAGGGUCUAUGAAGCUCUUUGAAGGGAUUGAAGACGGAAAACUAGUUGGCUUGAACGAUGAUGUAUUAAAAACGUUAAUUAAAUUUUACGCGAAUGUACCGCAAAAGCGAGAAGGCGUUAAUAUGAAACCUUAUCUUGGUACUUCGGAGCAAAAAAUUGCAGAUAUAACAGAUCCGGAAAGGAGAGCAUGGCUCGAGAAAUACUUCAAACACAUGUAUUCCAACAGGCCAAGACACUUCCUGAGAGAGGAAAUCGAUCAUUGGGAGAAGAUUUAUAAGAUCGAUUUCAAAACACGAUUCAUGGAUAAAAAACUAACUAAAUGGGAACACGGUUACAGACACUCGGCCAGGAAAUAUGAUGACCAUUUGCCAACGUAUAUACCUAAAUGUUUAAGGCCGGGAGGACCGAAAAGUAGAAAUAAGUGGGCGAAAACCUAUUAUCCUUGAGCAAUUCCUCAUACUGUUGUCGUAAAUUGAAAUCUUGCUACACCAUUAAAUACACUUAUAUAAACCAAA